GUCGUAUAGAGAACCGGAGUACAAAGACACGGGAGUGGCAAUCCUUGAGAAUUCAGGGACUAUUUAUUUAUCGUCUUUUUCAGUUAAUAUUUCGAUGCUGCAAGAAGAAACAAUAACUUUGGAAUUUUGGAUAUCAAGUUUUCGUGACUGAAAAAUUGUGCGAGGCGCGUAGAUCGUUGGCCGGCAAGCCAAGGGAGUGAGAGAAGUGAUCGACGAAGACGGCCACUGAGAGUUCACUGGUAGUGCACAUGCUGCGAAGACCAGUGUUUACGGAGACACGCGCGACGCUAUGAGACCGUGGACGAACAAGUCGCUCGGCCUUGGCAUCUUGGGGCUCUUUCUGGUGGCCCUCGGCAUCUCUCUCUGCUUCUUGUGGCCAAUAUUCUUCCAUCAUAUACUUCAAAAAGGAUUGUUUUUAUCGCCGACUUCCAAUACCUUCGAAUUAUGGAAUGAUACUAGCAAAUUACCGCCGAUACUCUUCAAGGUAUACCUCUUUAAUUGGACCAAUCCGCAGGAGCUCGGUAUAAAGAAACCGCAUUUCGAUCAGCUUGGUCCUUACUGCUUCAGAGAGGUAAGGCAAAAGGAUAAUGUUACUUUUCAUCAUGAAAAUAAAACUGUUAGCUACUUUCAACGACGGUUAUGGUAUUUCGAUGAAGAACAUACCAAUGGAAGUCUCAGCGACAUUGUCAGCCAGUUGGACGUGGUUGCUAUAUCGGCAGCGCACAAAAUUCGAUAUUGGGAAUACGAGUGGCAAACCUCCUUAUCCUACUUCUUAAGCAACAGGCAAAUCCACAUGCGCCGAACGGUGGACGAACUAUUAUUUACAGGUUACACGGAUAGCAUACUUGCCAUGGGCAAGAUAAUGGCAAGUGAUUCCGACAUACCGACUUUUGACCGUUUCGGCUGGUUCUACAUGAGAAAUGGCAGCACCAUGUUCGAGGGACACUUCAAUAUGGAGACAGGCGAGGAUGAUAUCAGUCAGUUGGGAAUUCUGAGAAAAUGGAAUUAUAAAGAUACGACGAAAUAUAACAAGAGUCCUUGCAAUGUGAUUGAAGGUAGUGCAGGUGAAUUCUGGCCGCCUGGUAGAACGAAAGAUGACAUCAGUCUGUUUAGCGCAGAUAUAUGUCGUCCACUAUUCUACGAAUACGAAAGAACGACUUCUCACUUUGGUAUCGAAGGUUAUCGAUACACUAUUGACAAAAAAACCCUAGGUAAUGCCACGAGGCGCCGUUUCCCUCACGAUCAAGCGAAGUUUUUCGAACCGACCUCGACCACCGAGGACUUCUUCGAGGCCGAGCAUACGACCAUCUCUGAUGUGACGGGAUUUACGGAAAGAGCCUUCAACAAUAAGCAUUCAUCCGAAAAUACGGACGAAUAUUCCGAUAAUGAUCCAGACGUUAUUAACAUGGGUAAUUGCUACUGUAAUGGCGAGUGCACGCCAUCGGGUCUGCUAAACAUAACAUCGUGUCGUUACGGCGCGCCGGUCUUCAUGAGCUUACCUCACUUUUACAAGGCUGAUCCGGCCAUUCUCGACGCGGUCGAGGGGUUGAGACCCAACGCCAUGGACCACAGCUUCUCUAUCACUCUAGAACCCACAACUGGAAUUCCUUUGGAAGUAUCAGCUGCAUUGCAAGCUAAUGUUUAUCUACAUUCAUCGGACGUUGUGAAACUCUUCAACGGCGUACCAAACAUCUACAUGCCAAUGAUGUGGUUCACAUUAAAAGCAGGAAUUACCGAGGAAAUGGCUUCUAAUUUAAGAAUAUUACUAGCAUUGCCAACCGUGAUGCUAUGCAGCGGUAUAGCUAUGACAAUCGUUGGAUUAUGUUUAAUUGUCGGCGUGGCGCUUCUUUAUCUUGGAAGGAAACAACCUAUGACCUCAACGGAUGAUACAAUAGAAAAGAUGGUCGACAAUCCUGAGAAGAAAACGGAAAUGGUGUAUAUGGAUAAAAUGAGUAGCAAAGAAGAUGAUAACGUCAGAAACGAACGUCGUUUGUACGCGAGACACUAAUAAAUGUUUCUUCAGAGAACCAUACCUCUGGAAUGGAUACGUAAACGGUGUAGGAGAUACCGAUGUGCAAUCGUGAGAAAACUCAUGUGAAAUUAUAAUUGUGUUUAUUUAAGUGAAUUUACAUGUUUUUAGCCUGUUUUUAUAACGACUGAACACACAUUGUUCCAAGAUAUAAAUUUUUAUUUAACGGAGUGUAAGUAAUACACAACACCAAUAGAAUAUUUGCAUACGCGAUAUUGCAAUUUGCAAUUCGCGAUAUAUUAAUGAUCUGCGAAAAUUAAUAACAAAAAAAAAUCGCAGAAAAUUUAGUAAAAUAAAUUUUUAUAAUUAUAUCGUGCAUAAUUGAUAUUAACGUAAACAAGUUACACCUCGAAUCAAUAUUCUUUAGCUCGAUUAUGAUAAAUUUAUGCGAUAUUAAAAUAGCGUCAAUCUUCUAAUUACGAGCUAAAUUAUUUUCGAUCGGAGUGUAAUCUCGUAUAUAUGUUAGAUAAAGUGUUAAAGCAAAUGUGUUGAGGGGUACACACAUUUAAGAUGUUUUGUCGAACAAUGCUUACGCAUCUCAUAAUCCUUAUAAAAAGAAAGAAAUGCGGACAAAUUUUUCUUUUAAUUCGCUUUGAGAUCGUAUUCGCUUUACGAAUAUUGAAUUCAUCAUGAUUGUUACAUUCCUGGGUGCUAUGGAUAUAGAUAUAGCAUGAAAAAUAUAUGUGGAAUAUUAUCGUCUUGAUAAAUGUUUGAUAGGCUAAAACUGACAACGAAGUCCACGAUCGUUUAAAAACUUUAAUUAUAUUGUUUCAAUCUAUUAAUUGAAAACACAUGUUUGAUUAAAAUGCGCGGCUGAUUCGAAUUGCAAAGUAUAUUUAAAUCCGAUUAUUCUAGUUCAUAAUAUCGUGAUGUAAAAUGAAAAUUGCCUCAAUCAUAUAAAUAAUCUAUAAUUAUUUAUAAGUUAAUCUGUGCGAUAGAUAACUAGACUAGAUUAUUCCAAUCAUCGGCAUUAAAAACAGAGUUAAUGUUACAGAUAAAGAUCGAACACAGAUAAAUCAAAGAUAAAAGAGCUUUAGAAUAACAAACACACAUGACACUGCAACGAAACCGAAUUUAUCUCUUGCUCGAAUUCAGAUGAAAUAUGAACUAUUAUUCUUUUAAGUUUUUUAAACUUUUAGAUAUUAAUAGAGAGUACGAAAGAUAUUGUGUACAACGAAUUCUGUCAGUAAAUUAAGCAAAUAGAUAUAAAGAUAUAGGAAAUAUAGAAUAUAUAAAAUAUUUUAUUGCAAAUAGAUGAUAUACAAUGUCCUAUUCUUGUAUGACAGAGUAUCUGUGACGUGCCUUGGUAUUAUAAUUGUAACUGUCCUCCUACAAAUUUUCGGCACUCUAUUUAUACAAGUAUUUAGACAUUGAUCAUAAUCUCAAAAUAACAUUGCGAUUUCUUCGCGAAGCAUACUACCAAUGUAAAUGACUUAUCUCUCUCUUAAUCCGUUGAUAUAGAAUUAGUAAAAAUUCACACACACACACACACAUACUAAACAUUUCUUUCUUAACAAUAUUUCUUUUGACAUGUUACCAUUUAGCGUGUAAUGUAAUACACAUAGCGUAAUGUGCGCUGCCCAAGGUUAAGUUAUUGUGCCAAUCUUUUGUUACAAUAUACAUCUUUAAGAUAAGUUUUAUAUGACAGAAUUUGUGUGAUACUCUCUUGGAAUUAUUUGUAUUUGUAAAAGAACAGCCAUUUUUACAAGUGCCAAUGACAUUUAAACUUUAAUUGUAAGCAUUAUGUAUCCAACGAUGGAUACGCGACAAAUGUUACCAAUUUUAGCAUGAUUUUAUAGCAUAAGUGCACUCGGUGGAAUAUGAAAAUAUAUAUGCAUUAUAUCAAAAUACAGAUACGUUGGUCAUGAUUACAAUUGGACAAAGAUAAUUUUAUAUUUUAAUAAAAAUUACCAUUUUUAUAUGA